AUGGCAUGUUCUCAGGUUGGUACUAUCAAAUCUGUGGGGAUCUUUCUAGAAGACAUCUCGCUGAGUCUUGGAACAACCUCAACAGAUAUUGGGGUUUCCCUAGGGCUGUUUACGGCCUUCAGCUACUUUCCAGCUCCCUUGAUUGUCGCCCUCUACCGUGUGACAUCGCUUCGUCGUGUGAUCCUCAUCUUGGGAGCAUGUUUGAUAUCUCUGGGUGUCACCCUUACAGCUUUGGCAACCAACAACGUUCUGGUUGCUGUCUACUUAUCAAUAGCUGGCAUUGGAAAUUGCAUGCUAGCGAUAUCUUCAACACUCGCUUUGGACCAACUUGGAAGCAACCAGAACUUCAACUUAUUGUAUGGUGUGGGUAUGAGCGGGUUCGGCCUUGGCAUGGUUCUUCUACCAAUCCUGGCUGAUGUCUUAGGUCGAGCUUACGGUUGGAGAGGUGGUAUUUUUAUACUAGGCGGCCUAAUGGCCAACCUAGUCCCUUGCGCCAUGACCAUUCAAGUAGAACCAGCCUUUGGUCAGGACCUAACAACGGUUCAUCGUGCAAACAUUGACAACUUCGAGGAAAGUGGUCGAUCUGAAGAAAGAUUCUGCAACGAUCGCCCGACCGAGGAGGAAGAAACAACACUGUUAUGCCCCGAAAGAAGUCCUUGUACAUCAUCUUAUCAACCUGAGCAUCAGUUGUUGGACGAUGACACGUCAAUGGAAUCUACAGCAGUCAACAAGAUCCAGAAGGAAUUUCAAGAACAAGACCAGAAUUCCAGGCAGUUCCUUGAUAGAAUACGUAAUAGUAUACGCCGGUCCGAUUUUUACAGGGACCCAAUUUUUAACGUCAUGUUUGUAUCUGAGUUCAUGUUCGGUAUGCUCUAUUGUGGCUGGCAUGCAUUUCUGGUGCCCCAUGCCAUUCAGAGAGGGUACUCCAUCCGUGCUACCAUAUCGAUGACUUUAUUUGCCUCGGUAGGAAAUUUUCUCGGAAGACUCUUGGCAGGCGCCCUCUCCGACCGCUUAGCGAAUCCCAUCUGUCUGUACCUUGUUGCUGCCUUGCUGAAUGCAAGUGCCAUUUUGUGCGAUGCGUUCUUUCAUCAUUACUAUGUUAUGUUGGUAACAGCUUGUAUAUCUGCUAUGUGCAUCGCUGGAAUGGCUGUGAUGGGACCACUGGCAGUGAGGAAAAGAGCAUCUCCUGCAAACUUUGACGUUGCAUAUGCAGUCAAUGAGCUAUUCUUCGGCUCUGGAACUUUCUUUGGAGGCUACCUUUCAGGUUCCUGCUUGCCAUACCGGAAUUUGAUGGGUGAUACAGCUGCAGAAUUAGCCAAUUAUAUCACUCCUCAUAAACCUCAACUGUGGAUAGAACCGAAUUUGUGA